UGUACAUCCCGCCUUUCCCUUCACAAACAGGAGGGCAUCAGCCAGCUGCCCUGGCAUGAAAUACCUGACAAACCCCCAUCUCCUUUGCCUUUCGGAUCUUUGUGUCUGGUUGUGUUCUUACAGCCUUUGACCCCCCCCCCGUCAUGAUCCCUAAUCUAAAAGUCAUCUUCCUGUUCCUUUGGUUGCUUCAGUGUGGAGGGGGAAAUGUCGAUGUACGGCAGGAACCUCCAAUCCAGGUUGCCCUGCUCAAGGAAGGAAUAACCAUCCCCUGUAAAGUCAUCUUCCCUUAUAUGCCGAAAUACACCAAAUUUUCAAUCUGCUAUUACUGGAUUAAUGCACUGGAUCAGAAGACAUCUAUCCACAGUUUUUCGAAAAAUGUAGCCAUUCCUCCUGGAGCAGAGAACACGACUGCUACCUUAUUUUACAACUACACAGUCACACCACUUGAGAACACCUCUUCUACUGGCACAUACUACUGCAAGGUCAAAUGGAGUGAUAUCCAAAAAACGGGAAGGGGAGUGUUUGUCCUUGUUAGAGAUACAGGAUACAUAAAUACCUCUUAUGGGUGGAAAAUCCUUGUUACCCUUACUGUUCUUCUUGCAGUAUUGAGCAUCGCUGCAACAGCUCUGCUUCUGUGGAAAAGAAAGGUGUUGUGCCCUAGAAGGAGCCAGCCAAAUAUCUUGAGACAGAAGGUAGAAACACAGCUUCCUUCAGCCAGCCCACCACCGCCUCCUGUGUAUGACAGCCUGGAUGUGCAGCAAGUUGAUGUCUAUUCUAGCCUCGAGAACAACACAAACAACCCACCACAUGGAAAGAAUCUUCCAGGGAAGACACCUAAGAAGCAAGAAACUCUAGAAGACUCCUCUGAUACAUUGUAUGAGAAUAUCUAACAGGGAAGAUAUCUGUCCCUAUGUGGACCAGACAUCUUUCUGUAUGGCAGAGCUACUCUCUUACAUCCCAGAUGAGAUGCAGAUACAUGCAGAGAUCCUCAGUGACUUCAGAGCACAACCACGAGGGAAUUCUGAACCCCUGGCCCCUUCUAAACUGCCCUUCAUUAACAACAGAAUGUAUCUGUUAAAAUCCCUCGGGGCUCAGUCUGCAUUGAUGCAGCAAAGCUAUUUUGCAGCAAAGCUGUUUGAUGCAAAAGAAAAGCUGCUUUUGUCAAGCACUUAUCUUGGGAAUGGGCAAUCUGUGAAGAUUUCUCUCACCUGCCGCGGCUGAAAUACUUAAUUCUCAAUCCUCUGCAAGUGGUAGGACAAUCCAGAGACUUCCCUGGUUGCUGGCUUGAUGUUCCAAUCCUGACCUGCAGCCGCCCAUCUGAUCCUGUGCUCCUGGCUUUGCCGAAAUGACCAUCAGGACUUCAUGCAUAGUUUAACCACAUCCAAGCAUCCACCUGCCCAUUUUCCCUUUCUCAGAGCCCACAGCAAACACGCUUUCUCAUAAUCUGCUAAUCCCAUCAAGUAGUCACAGAUGCCUGCUGCGACCUUACUGAUCGACUCAAAUCGGUGCCUCCAAGGAAAUGCUUCACUUCAGCAGUACCAGCAAUACACGGUGAGGACUGGAUGCACCGACGGAGAUAAAGGCAGAGAAAAGGAACACUGAGAAAAUAUCCCUUCCUGACAACAUGUGUGAGUGACAGUGCCCGUUCCAGGAAAAGAAAGGGGAACAAGGGCAUGGGAACGUGAGGAAACUCCCUUGCUGGGGCUACAUAAGCCAGGCGGGUCUGGGGCCACGUUCCAGCCCGCAGAAGUCCAAGUGGAGCUCCUUAGUUUUCUUUUCUUCUUGGUAAAGGGCACUUGGGAUUUUUGAGCCUCUGUGGGAGCAGUCAUGAUACCUCUGCCCCAUCAAAACCAAUAGGUUUGCCUUUGUUUUAGCUUGCUGCUCUAAAGAGUAUAAAGCUCCUUUAUGCUCCCACCAUACAUUAUUGGCUAGGGAGACCAGUUCUGAAACUUAGAACGACUGGAGGAAGGAGGAGGGAGGCCUUAGAAAUGAAUUUACCAUCCUAGUUCUUUCUCCCCUGACAGCUGGAACUUGCCUACCAUUUGUGCUGAUGCAUACUCUGGUUCUGAUAGGGAAGAAGUUACAUUAAAUAUCCGUAUAACAUGAUCAAACCAGCAGAUCAAAAAGCUGAGACUGUUUUAUCUCAUAUUAUAAAACAACAAUGAAAUAACAACCAAACAAAACCAACCCAAAAUAAGAAUAUGCAGAAUAACUUGAGAGGAAUAGUAGAAACCUCUUUAAAGAAGAAGAUCAAAUUAAAAUUGAGCUCCAGGGUCAUAGGACCCUCUCAGGCUAUGGAAAAUGUCUCCGGGGCCUCCAACCUUCCUAUACUAUGUUUAAAGAGAUAAUCCGCUUAUUGCUUUGCUCUUUUUAUUAGAAAAGAUUUCAAACAUGUAAUUUGGACUUACUUUAACCACAGAAAAAUGCUUUUUCUCUUCCCAGUGCUGAGGAAUUCAUUUCAGAAAAGGCAGUGAAUGGACAGCAUGGCUUAUUAGACUCAUUUAUGAUUUGUUAAGUGAUCACAACAAUUACAAAUAUUUUUGAAGUAGAAAGUUUUAGAUUUUACUGAUAUGGCCAGGAAAUAUUUGUGUUCACAGAGGAAUUUACAGAGGAUUGUAAAGGUAUAACAAUUUCUUUCCUUAACAAAUUUGAAGAAAUGAUGAGAUGAAUUAUAAAUAUGUUGCAGUAUGGCAAUAAAAUAUUCAGCAGAUGCUGGUGGAUUAGAUGAAAAGUAAAAACUUUCAAAA